UCGCCACCGCGACCGAGGAGGCAAAGCAUUUAAUUUAAUCAAUCGUCCCACCAUCUUUUUGCGCGAUUAAUAAACGCAGGAAAAAACCAACCCGAAGACAAACCAGUUCUCCUCGUUCCACACACAUCUUCCGCUCUCUAUAUCUGGGAGAAGAGAGGAGAAGAAGAGGCGGCGGCGAUGGCGAAGACGAAGCGGAUGAUGACGCCCGCGGAGGAGGUCGACAUCUCCGCCGUGAAGUACGAUCCCCUGCGCCUCCAAGCGCCCCACCUCACGGGUUUCUCGCUGAAGCUCUUCGUCGCGAUGAUGGAGGCGCCGCUCCUUGGCGGCAUCAUCACCUCCUUCCUGAAGAAGCAGAAUAAGAUCCCCGAGUUGCUGCAGCACACCGUGAUCCCCGAGAAACCCAUGUAUCGCCCCGAAUACCCUCCUCAAGAGCCGGAGCCAGGUGUAAUGAUCUUGGAUGAAGACAGGGACCCUGUUAUGCGCCUUGAGACGGCUGUCCAGUGUCUUCCCCAGUACGAUCCAUCUCAGCAUUGGAACAAGGAUCGCUCUUCUUUUCUCUAUUGGACAAUUCGUGACUAUGCCCAUGCUUAUCGGUCUAAGAUCACAACCCCAUCCAUUGUUGCAGACCACCUCAUUUCAGCGGUGGAAGAAUGGCACAGUAGGAAACCUCCCAUGCCAAUGCUGAUCUAUUUUAGUGCAGAUGAUGUAAGAAAGCAAGCUGAUGCCUCCACAAAACGAUUUGAAGAAGGAAACCCAAUAUCCAUCUUGGAUGGGAUUUUUAUGGCCAUAAAGGAUGACAUAGACUGCUAUCCAUAUCCAACUAAAGGUGCCACAACGUGGUUUGACAAGGUAUAUACUGUGGAGAAAGAUGCAGUUUGUGUCUCGAGAUUAAGAAGAUGUGGCGUGAUUCUUAUAGGGAAAGCAAAUAUGCAUGAGCUAGGACUUGGAACAACUGGAAACAAUCCAAUUUAUGGGACAGCAAGAAACCCACAUUCAAUUGAAAGGUACACUGGUGGUUCAUCCUCUGGCCCAGCAGCAAUUGUUGCAUCUGGGCUAUGUCCAGCGGCAGUUGGAACUGAUGGUGGAGGUUCAGUUAGAAUCCCAUCCUCGCUUUGUGGUAUUGUGGGCUUGAAGACAACUUAUGGGCGGACUGAUAUGGGAGGGUCAUUAUGUGAUUGUGGGACUGUUGAAGUUGCUUCUCCACUUGCAGCCACAGUUGAGGAUGCUAUGCUAGUCUACUCAGCACUGGCGGGCUGCUCUUCAGAUGAUAAGAUCAGUUUGAGACCAUCACCUCUUUGUUUGCCUAAUAUAUCAUCGUCUGAGAAUUUGAAGAUCUUGCAAUCAGUGAGACUAGGAAAAUAUUCAGAGUGGUUUCAUGAUGUUGCCAACAAUGAGAUCUCCAACAAAUGUGAGGAUGCCCUUAAUCUGCUCUCUAGUACGUUUGGAUGUCAAAUAAUAGAGAUAAUUUUGCCGGAGCUAGAGGAAAUGCGGACUGCACAUAUAGUUUCGAUUGGUUGUGAGUCACUUUGUGACUUAAACCCUGAUUACUGGGAAGGGAAACGCACUGAACUAACACUUGAUACUCGUACAAGUUUGGCUCUCUUUGGAUCAUUCUCCGGAACAGACUAUGUUGCUGCCCAACGCCUUAGGAGAAGGAUAAUGUACUAUCACAUGGAAGCUUUUAAGAAGGUUGAUAUAAUUGUCACCCCCACAACUGGCAUCACUGCACCAAAAAUACCGCCAAACGCUCUCAAAUACGGAGAGUCUAAUUAUGAGGUUUCAGGUUAUCUCAUGAGAUUUAUUAUAGCAGGAAACCUUCUUGGUCUACCGGCAAUAUCUGUUCCUAUAGGACAUGAUAAAGAAGGACUUCCGAUAGGAAUCCAACUUAUAGGCCGUCCAUGGGGUGAGGCUACCUUGCUGAGGGUGGCUUCCACUAUUGAGGAACUCUGCUUUAGUUCUAGGAGAAAUCCUUCCACAUUUUACGACAUGCUCAAGGGCAUUUGACACCGGCUUCUCUACUUAGAGGCAAUACAAGUUAUGCAGGCUGUCAACAGUCGCGGAGGAUAUGCAUACAUCUGUUGAAUUUCUGGUUUAGUGCAAACAUUUCUUAUUGGAUGUUCUGAAAAUUUGUAAGUUUCUUUUAGAAUUUUUCUAAACAUUGAAUCGUGGGCUGAUUGGCUUAUAUGAGCAACCCAAAAAUAAUUUAUAGUUGAUUUGUCUUGUGCCAGAUCCAUAAGAUUAUGUAGUAUAUGCAUAAAUGCGGGUUACUUCUA